AUGUUAUUGAGAAACAAGAGCUUGAGGAAUUGUCUUGUGACGGUGAAACUUUCCUCUAUGACAAAAAACUGUGUUAUCCUGAACUCGUGUUAGUUGUUGAUCUUUAAGAGGGGCAGCUGAUCAAGCAGACAAUCAGAAAGAAGCUGAAAAUCUAUUCGAUAUUGUGGAAAAUAUGUGUGCUGAUAAAGAAAAUUCUGAUUCCAGAUAUCCCCAAAUCGAAAGGCGAAAAAAGCUCCCUGAUCCAGUUCUAAAAGAGAAAGAGGUUAGCCUUUGGUCUGUGAUCAAAGACAGUGUGGGAAAGGAUCUCACACGAGUUUGUCUUCCUGUUUACUUUAAUGAACCAAUAUCAUCGCUUCAGAAAUGUUUUGAGGACCUAGAAUAUUCGAAACUUUUGGACCAAGCAUACAAGUAUGGAAAAGAAGGGAACAGUCUCCAGCGAAUUGUUAAUGUAGCUGCAUUUGCUGUUUCUGGCUAUUCUUCGACUGAAGGGCGGGAUUGCAAGCCUUUCAAUCCUUUACUAGGUGAAACUUAUGAGGCAGACUAUCCUGAAAGAGGCGUUCGUUUUUUCUCUGAGAAGGUUAGUCACCAUCCAACCCUUAUUGCCUUUCAUUGUGAAGGCAAAGGGUGGAGAAUCUGGGGUGAGAGUGAUCUCCGUGCAAAGUUUUCCGGGCGGUCAAUCCAGCUGGAACCUGUUGGAGUUAUAACCCUGGAGUUUGAGGAUGGUGAAAUAUUUCAGUGGAGCAAGGUAACUACUAAUAUUUAUAAUCUUAUCCUUGGUAAAGUGUAUUGCGAUCACCAUGGAUUGAUGCACAUUCGCGGGAAUUGCCAAUAUUCAUGCAAACUUGUAUUCAAAGAGCAAUCUAUUCUUGAGCGGAACCGUCGCCAGGUCCACGGUUUUGUUGAAGACCUUUCGGGUAAUAAGGUUGCUACAUUAUUUGGCAAAUGGGAUGACAGCAUGUAUUAUAUCAAUGGUUAUGAGAGUGGCAAGUCAAAGGACUUAAGUCCUUCAAAUGCCUCCUUGCUAUGGAAAAAGAAUGAGCCACCUCCUAAUCCGACUCGUUACAACUUAACAUCAUUUGCAAUCACACUAAAUGAGCUAAUGCCUGAACUGCAGGAGAAGCUCCCACCUACGGAUUCUAGGCUUAGACCAGACCAACGUCAUUUGGAGAAUGGGGAAUUUGAUAAAGCAAAUACAGAGAAACAACGGUUGGAAAAGAGGCAGAGAACAGUAUGUCGAGAAAAAUGCAAGAAAAUGGCUGGAAACCUAGAUGGUUCCAGAAAGAUGGUAAUGGACCCUUCUACUAUGUGGGUGGUUAUUGGGAAGCAAGAGAACAGGGGAACUGGGAUGGGUGUCCAAAUAUAUUCAGUGAUGAACUUGUCGAUUCCUCUAAAUGAUAUCUUCAAUUUUGGCCAAGAUCAUUGGUGGAAAUGGCUCCUUGUCAUGCUGCUUUGAACAUACUUGCGUCCG